UGUGAGCAGGAGUUUUCAGUGAUAAAAAAGAAAAUUUCUUAUAACUUCUUAAAUAGUGAUUGAAUUCGAAAUCGUUAACAAAAUCUAGUGAGUUUAGUGUACGAUCCAUUUACUGAGUGGUGGAAUUAAAGAUAAUCAUUGUGUGUGCGAAUUAUUCGUUGAUUUUGGUGAACCACCUUCCGUAAUGGAUUCAAUUCCGAAGCAAGCAGACACAUCCGCUAGUGACGAGGAACGAUUCGAGGAUGCUUCGAGUAAGGAAUUCAACGAAAAGGCCGUAGACGAAGUCAUCGAGCAGGUGGCGGGAGUGCACAUUGGUAAUUCGCUGAACACAAACACAUCUGCCUCUUCGGAACAAGCGGAUAAAUUUGUGGAUUGUAAAAGCGAUGCCGAAAGUGACGAGGAAAAGAACGGGAGCAAGUCGGAAAGCAGAGACGAUGAUGAUUUUAUAGAUGACGAAUCGCAGCGGGACUGGGAGAAAGGAUUAACUGAAGAAGAGAAGCUAGCCAACAAGGCGAAAGCGGAUGAGCUCAAAGCUCAAGGAAACGACCUGUUCAAGCAGGGCGAAUUUGAAAAGUCCGCAAAAGUGUAUACGGAAGCUCUUCGGGUUUGCCCGGUGGAAUACUCGGCGGAAAGGUCGAUUCUUUACGCCAAUCGAGCGGCAGCAAAAACCAAACUUAACUUUAAACCCUCGGCCAUCGAUGACUGCACCAAAGCGAUAGAGCACAAUCCCAUGUACCUGAAGGCGUUGCUGAGUAUUAUUGAAUCCACUUCCAGGCGUGCGACCCUGUACGAGGAGGCGGACAAGCUGGACGAGAGUUUGGAAGAUUUCAAAAAGAUUCUGGAGCUGGAUCCGGCCAACGUGGAAGCGAAAGCGGCCCAAACCCGACUGCCGCCGAAGAUUGAGGAACGCAACGAGCGACUCAAAGAGGAAAUGAUGGGUAAGCUAAAGGACCUGGGCAACAUGAUACUACGCCCGUUCGGUCUGUCGACGCAGAACUUUGCGAUGCAACAGGAUCCGUCGACCGGUUCGUAUUCGAUUAAUUUUAAGAGCGGAAAUUAGUUAUCAUUUUGUUUGAUGCGAUACUAGGUGCGAGAGUGCGUGUGUGAGAUAUGAUUGUGUGUUGUUUUCGUUGUGCCUAGCGGCAAUAAAUAAUGAACCUAUGGA